GAACUAUACGUACCUAGUAUAUUGUAGUUUGUCAACGAGCGUCGUAGCGUCAACGAUUAUAGAGUACUGUGCACAUUAUUUAGUCAAACAACAUUCAACAUAUCAUAUUAUUAUUUUAAUAUUUAUAAUUUGUAAAAAGUUAAGAAAGCGCCAAUAUGUCGGAUGGUAGACAGCGACUUUCUGGUGCAGAAUAUAGGAAGAGAAAACGUGAAAAAGAAGCUGUAAUUAAAAAACAGUCUAAUUCUAUCAAAAAAUUUUUAACGGGUUCUUCCUCGUCAUUAGAUAUUUCAAAUGCUGUAGUUGUACAACCUAGUGAAGUUUUUGACUCUUUCUCAGUUAUAGAUGCCACUGUACCUUCUGAAACUACAGUAGCCAAAAAUAUAACAGACAGUGUUGUAAUGCAACCCAGUGAGGUUUUUGACUCUGUCUCAGUUGAAGCAGUCACUGUACCUUCUGAAACUACAAUAGUCAAAAGUUUAACAGAAAAUGUCAACCAAAAUUCCUUUAAUUCUUUAAUUAAUAUUAGUACAGACCCUGCUGAAUGGCCUUUAAUUAUUAAUAACGACUUUAAAACAUUGUUAGUUGAAAAAGGUCCUCCUGCUCCAUUAAAUGCAAAUUUUGUAUUUCCUUCAGAUGAUCAAGGACGAAAAUUCACACAAUUUCAUUAUAAACGAAGUAUGAGUAAUGGAGAAAAUGUCACAAGGACAUGGCUUGUAUACUCUAUUUCCAAUGACGUAAUAUUUUGUUUUUGCUGUAAACUAUUUGAUAAUUCAAACUCUAAGUUGGCAUUAGAAGGUUAUAAUGACUGGAGGCAUUGUACACAAAUGUUAAAAGGACAUGAAACAUCAAAAAAUCAUUUGACCGCAUAUAGUACAUGGUUAGAAUUGUCAUUGAGGUUAAAAAAAACAAAAACAAUUGAUGAUGUAAACCAACGUAUUUUAGAAUCUGAGUGUAGGCAUUGGAAUGAAGUUUUACAACGUAUCAUGUAGGUAGUACAAUUUCUUGGUCAUCAAAAUUUAGCUUUUCGUGGAUCAUCUGAUCAGUUAUUCAAACAUAAUAAUGGAAAUUUUUUAAAAUUAAUUGAACUUAUGGCUAAGUAUGAUUCUGUGAUGGCUGAACAUGUAAGAAGAAUAAUUAAUAGUAAAAAAAAUAUAAGCCAUUAUUUAGGAAAAGAUAUUCAAAAUGAGAUGAUUGAUUUAUUAGCUCAGUCUAUUAAGUCUCGCAUAGUUACUAUGGUUAGCGAAGCGAAGUAUUAUAGUAUUAUACUAGAUUGUACUCCUGAUAUAAGUCACUCGGAGCUCAUGACUAUUAUUAUUCGUUUUGUGUCAAUUGAAGAUU